CAGGUUUUUAAGAAGACCUGAAAGAGCAUCUGCAAAUCAACAAGUCCAGAAUGACUAGCAAGCCCUGCAAGAAGCUUGCCUGGAAUUACUUGGUUACUUCUGAUGUAAAACAUGGAGAACAAGAAAAAAAUGAUUCUCACAUUGUGGCCAAGGGAAAAUCUACAGAAAAAGACAUGAAACUUAAGAGAAUUCAGUGGGACUUGGAUGUACAACCUCUCAUUUCAUCUUCUAAGUGGCUUCAACUUUAUGGGCUUAAGAGAAACAAGCUAUCCCUUUCUCAGAUUUUAUCACAAAUUGGAUUUCAGCACAGGGAAGAUUAUGUGUCCACCUUGGGGAAACUCGUGGCUUCACGGUAUGCAGAUGGUCUUUUUCCUCAGUACAUGAGAGCCCAGGAUGGCAGAGUAUAUAAUCUGACCGCCAAAAAGGAGCUAAUUCUUCAUUUUGUGGAUUGUCUAACUGGAGCUAUCGAGCUGUACAAGCAGAGAAUGGAAUGGUUAACCAGUGAAAGCCGGCAGAUAUUUGGAGUGAUUCAGGAACAAUGCAUUAUCAUUGUUUUGGAUUUUGGCGCCAUGCCUGGGACUGAGUUUGAUCGGUGCCGUGAUGCACUUUCUUUGGUCCUCUUGGAACAAGUGACCCACCUUGCCAAAUUUAACCUCAUUCGGGCUGCUCAAGAUCCUAUCAAGUGGCAGCAGAAAGCCGUUCCAGUGACUGAAUGUUCUGUAGAGUUUGCUGUUAACUGGCUCUGGGAGCUUGACCGUACGCCAGCUCUCAGCCACACCAGCUCCACUGAGGCCCUGAUGGAGGCUGUAAGUGAUGAGAUGGUUGAAGCAGUUUAUUAUUUUGCUGUGGGUGAGGUUCCUGAGGAUAUGAAACAUCUACUCCUUCAGAAGUUUUCUGACUGUCCUUUCCCAAUCCAUCCAGUAUCUUUUAAUGCCAGGGAAGAAGAUACUAUUGUUUUCUUGAAGGAGCUGGGCCGCCUGACCUCUGGCAGAUUCCAUGCAUUUGCCGAGAGAACUGAUUAUACAGAUGUCAUCGAACCUGUCAUAAAGAGUGAGGAGGAUGGAGAAAGUCUAACUAGCUGGAAUACAAGAAAAUUGAAAGGAAGGGUGCCUCUAGUUGCUGGUGUCAGAGAAGAUGUCUUUCUGGUCUGGAAGGAAUUGAAAGAGGCCAGGAGUACACUGAGGCAAGUUCAGAGUAUUUUAACAGUGUCUGACCAGCCUAUUUCUGGAGAAGCAUUCAAAAUGAAUCUUCCAGUGCCUGAGCCAAAACCUGAGGAUUAUGUAAAUUCAAAAGAUUGGUUGCAGAAAUAUGGCCUGAAAGCUCAGAAGCUAACAUUAUAUGAUGCACUUGCUGACUGUACUUUUCGCCAUGCUGAUGGCAUUGUUGACAUAAAAGCCAAGCCAGAAGAUGAAUCUUUACAAACUGAUGCUGAAACAAAGAAGAAAGUAAUCCACGCAAAAUACUGUGACAAAUUUGUACAUACCUACUGGAAAGAUGGCUCUAUGGUUCAUGUGUAUGUCACUGUGGAAAAGUACAAGCAGUAUGAAGAGAAAAUGAAGAAUGCUCUUCGACAAAUGGAAGGAAGGAUUAAGUGGCUCCAGCGAGGGAGCAGAGGACUCUUUGGCAAUGUGCUUGAAGAUCACAUCUGUAUUCUCAUCGAUACAUCUCAGUCUAUGAUAGACAAACUGCCAUUGGUGAAAGAGAAAAUAUUUCAGCUCAUGCAGGAGCAGCUUAGACACAAAAGCAGCUUUAACUUUGUGAAAUUUGAUGCUCAAGCAGCAGCUUGGCAAGACAAACUUGCUGAAGUUAAUGAAGAGAAUUUGCAGGAUGCUUGGCUUUGGAUAAAAGGACUUGAGGUUGGAAGUUCUACCAAUACACUCAGUGCUCUUCAAAUUGCUCUUGCUGAUCGUGAUGCUGAAGCCAUUUAUCUUCUUACGGAUGGGAGGCCUGAUCAGCCACCAAAAUCCAUUUUGGCUCAAGUUCAUCUUCAUCAUAAGGUUCCUAUUCAUACCAUAUCUUUCAACUGCGAUGAUACGGAGGCUAAUAAAUUUUUGCAUGAAUUGUCUACUGAGACAGGUGGACGGUUUCAUUAUUAUAACAUUUAUUUGAGGGAUCCUGAAUCUCCAGAGCCAACUGUGAGUGAAGAUAUAUACCUUUUAAAAAGAGAAAUUGAACAGGGGAAGAAAGAUCUAGAGAAAGUGAAGGCUUUCCAUGCUGAAUGUUUGAUGAUAGAUUGGUGUAAUGGAGAAAAAGAGCCUGAAAACAAUCCUCACAAGCAGAUUUUUACUACUUCAUCUAUAACCAUGCACAUCCAGGAGCUGAAUGCUUCUCCCGCCAGUAGACCACAGUGUACAUUAGAAGAGCCAACAUUGACUGCACAUCACCAGAUACUAAAUACAUGGCAAACUUGUUAUGACAGUCCAGCCAUAAGGAAAAAGGCACUGUAUGCAGAGCAAACAAAGACUAGUCUGCUCAGAACUCGAGGUCAUGGAAUAAAGUCUUGUAAAGGAAGUCCAGAUGAGAAGAUAUCUCCUGAAAGAAAGGAUUUUCACCUCAAAAACACACUGAACCCUGCAGCCAGUUUUAAAGAAAUGAAUACCCAAAAGGUGACAAAAAGAACAUCUAAAGAUUCUCUAGAUAUCUCUUCAUCUCAUUGGCUAAAGACUCAUGGUUUAGUUGCUAGGCGACUCACCAUAAUGGAUGCCUUAGCCCCCACAGCUGUUCCUCACAGUACUAAAUACAUCCCAGUUCUGGAAAAACAUGUUGUUUCUAAAGUCUUUGAUGAGGUGUUCCCCCUUGCCCACAUUAGCAAUGGCAAGAAACAAAUCACAUUAAUUAAUCCUCAAGCAGUGAAUCUUGAUACUUACAAAGAGAAGCUGGAACAAGCAGUUAAAUCUUAUGAAAGGCGCCUCAAUCUAAUUACUUGGAGAGCACUAUCUCAAGAAGAAAGAGACAAGUUUGAGCAGGACAAGCCAGUCUGCUACAUGGAACAUAAGGAAGCCUUGCUAGAGUCUUUAGAAAAUCUAGGUUGGCCUGUUUCCUAUGAAGAUGUGAUGCUGUUGGAAGAUGAAAUUCUGGCAGGGUUAACAUAUAUCCAACAGGCCUCUGAUCUUCAGGAAGCUGCCAAAAAGGACAUUCAGAGGACCUCUGCUUCACCUGUCAACCACAGUAAAAAGUUUCAGAAUCUUAAAGAAGAGAGUAUAAGGUCACAAACUAAAAAAGGAAAAGUGUUUGAAACGCUCAAAGGCCAAAAGGUGAUUGCAAGAUCAGACCUCACAGGAUUAUAUUUCCCAGGGACAGUGAUGAAAAGUAUCAGUUCCACCCGUGCACUUGUUGACUUCAGCUAUGGAGAGACGCACAUUGUACCAAUUAAAUUCAUUAUUAUUGUGGGGGGUGCUAUGCCUUGCCCAUCUUUGCAGGUUGGGGACUAUGUGUUCUCCAGAACUGGGAUACAGAUGGGAGAUUAUUAUUAUGCACCUGCUGUUGUCAUAGCAACACCAAAUAGAGUUCAAGCGGAUGAUAAACUCUACACAGUUUUGAUGUACAACAAUAGGAAAGAACACUGUAUACGAAGUGGGCUUGUUAAAGUCAGCCAAGCUAAAUAUGCUUCUUCCUGCCGAUAUAUAAAAAUGGCCCAGGUGGUGGAUUACAUGAUCCCAAACAAACAAAUUGUGAAGCCCAUUGAUCAGUUGUCACUGGAAGAAGAAGAAGAAGAAAAGAAAAGAAGUGGAAGGGAAGAUGGAGGGAAAAAGAAAAAAAAAGGGACAACAGAGAGCAGAAGGAAUCCAAGAGAGGAGAUGUCAGACUCGGAGGAGCUUUUGUUUAUUCCCAGAAGGAGAGAAGUAAAAGGCAAAGGAAGGAAUUCACUGCCUCAUGACAAAGUUGGAAUUGAAGAAUCUGCUUGCUUCUUUUUAUCAACACAAGGCUCAUCGGCAUCUGGAACUCUGCUGUCUCCAAGUACCUCAGCUCACAGCUCAUCAAAGGAUCUUUGUUGCUCUCACACAGUUACUGUGGAUCCAAAGAGUGCCUCAGAACCUGUUGAUGACAACAUCAGCCUUAUCUCAACUGCUGAGAGGCUGGAAGAGUUGGCAGGGCAGUUUCAGCAGCACUACAUAGAUCAAAGAAAACAUCAUCAGGUGUGCCUGACAGAGGAGACUGUGAGGAAUGGAACAGGUUAUGGGUAGGAGAGAAAUGUGGUACCUGGAAAAGUUUAUCAUAUAAACAGAAAAUAAA